AUGACAAACGACUCCUCCAACAACGCCUCCAAUGGCGAGAACAAGUCCUCCUUCACUGUCAAGGCAGGUCUCGCCCAGAUGCUCAAGGGCGGCGUCAUCAUGGAUGUUGUAAACGCUGAGCAAGCCCGCAUCGCCGAAGAAGCCGGUGCCUGCGCCGUCAUGGCCCUCGAGCGCGUCCCCGCCGACAUCCGCAAAGACGGCGGCGUGGCCCGCAUGUCCGAUCCUGCCAUGAUCAAGGAGAUCCAAGACGCCGUCACCAUCCCCGUCAUGGCCAAGGCCCGUAUCGGCCACUUUGUAGAGUGUCAGAUCCUUGAGGCUCUUGGUGUGGAUUACAUUGACGAGUCUGAGGUUCUGACUCCUGCUGAUCACGAGAGCCAUGUUGAGAAGAGCCCUUUCAGUGUGCCCUUUGUGUGCGGUUGCAAAAACCUCGGUGAAGCUCUUCGCCGCAUUGCUGAGGGUGCUGCUAUGAUUCGAACAAAGGGCGAGGCAGGCACUGGAGAUGUUAUCGAGGCAGUUCGCCACAUGAAGACCGUCAACCGCGACAUCGCGCAAGCCAAGGCAGCCCUCGCAGAAGGUGGCAUCGUGCGCAUCCGCGAGUUGGCCCGUAAGCUCGAAGUCGACGCCGAGCUCCUCCGUCAAACCGCCGAACUAGGCCGUCUACCCGUCGUCAACUUCGCCGCCGGUGGAGUCGCCACCCCCGCUGACGCCGCACUCAUGAUGCAGCUCGGCUGCGACGGCGUGUUUGUCGGCAGUGGAAUCUUCAAGUCUGGAGAUCCUGCGAAGCGGGCCAAGGCUAUUGUGCGAGCGACGACGCACUACAAGGAUCCCAAGGUUCUUGCGGAGUGCAGCACGGGGUUGGGUGAGGCGAUGGUUGGAAUUAACUGCGAUAGCAUGAAGCCUGAGGAGAAGUACUCUGGACGAGGAUGGUAA